AGGGACGCAAAGGCCGCGACUUCCGCCUUCCUGUUUCCGGUCUGGUGGUGAGUGGGGAGUGGGAUCCGAGCCCCUGGGGCGAUGUAGAGGGGGCAGGUGGCCGCUGCUGCAGUGCUUUUCUACUGGUACCCAGCAGCAACGGCGGCAGCGCAGAGUGUGGCGGGGCCAACCCAGGAUCCCCCGGCUCUGCGCGACGAGGGGCUCGAGCUUGCUAAGGCCGAGGGGCAGCAGUGAACGUGGCCCCCGUGCGUCUGCGGCCCCGAAAGGAAUUUAAACCAUCUUUCAGAUGUGUACAGAACUCAAGAAGACAGACAAUCAAGGGUCAUCUGAAUCGUGAUUGGGUCACUAAUAAUACCAGGACAAAGUUAGAGAUCACUACCCAAGCAUAAGCCCCAGUUUUCAUAAGACUGCUAUGAAGAUGUUUGAUAUAAAGGCCUGGGCUGAGUAUGUUGUGGAAUGGGCUGCAAAGGACCCAUACGGCUUCCUUACCACUGUUAUUUUGGCCCUUACUCCACUGUUCCUAGCAAGUGCUGUACUGUCUUGGAAAUUGGCCAAAAUGAUUGAGGCCAGGGAGAAGGAGCAAAAGAAGAAACAAAAACGCCAAGAAAACAUUGCAAAAGCUAAACGACUAAAAAAGGAUUGAAGGACUGAACAGUUUCUGCAACCAGGGAAAAUCAUUUGGAAAAUUAUGCAGCUUUGGAAGAAACCACUGAAGUUCUUCUUUGGAUUUAUUGACAGUAUUAUUUACUGUCAAGAAUAUGAAUAAAUGAAAUUUGACCAAAUCCAAGAAUCAUGUUCUGACCUCAAUACUGUAGUGACAUUUAGGCUUGGGUAUAGAAGUUUAUAGGUUUCUAUUGACAGUUAUUGUAAAUUAGCAUUUAUUAUGGUACAAAUUCCUUAUAACCGACUUAGUAAUUUGCUGCUUAGCAGUUUAUGUACUGAAAUGAAGACAUUCUUUAGGGAAAAAUGAGUUUAGAUUAUGAACUCAAUUCAGAUGAACUCUAUUUAAAAUGAGGUCCUGUUUUGGACAAAGGAAAUUAAAAAUGUAAAAGUCAGAACUGUCUUGUCUGAGGUGAAAAGUGUGCUUUGGCUUAAAAGAGAUACAGUAUAUUAAUUACGUAUUUUAUUAUUUCUUAGAGUCAUUUCUGGCUUUCUCAAAACAAAAUAAUAUUAAUCAAUGAGUACUUCUAUUUGCUGCAUUUUUCUUAUUUUAACCUUUGAGACAGCUGAUAAUUAUCAAGACAUUUUGCAUUUUUUAAAAUGUAAUUUUAUAAAGAAUUAUAUUUACUAUGUAGAAUACCACCUACUGGAUAGAACAAUUUUUGUACUUAAAACACUGCCAUUUUCAUAGAGAUGGCUUUUUGAGAGGAGUAACACUAUGGAUAGAGCUUGCAGUAAAAAUGACAAACACUGUAGUAACUUGGAACCAGGUUAUUCUUAUGCUAAGCAGAACUGUAAAAUAGUGUCUUAUCAGGUAAUUCACUGAUUACAUAGACACCACUUUUGUUUUUUAUUUCAUUCUUUAACUCGUGGUAGUGAUAUUUAAAACUUUUUGAUCAAACAGGUUCAAAGUGAAACUUUAAAUUUCUGUUAAAGAACUCCUCAAGAGUAACAGUGAAGUCAUACUUCAUAAGUGGUAAAGAAACGUAUAAAGUUUGUAAACAUUUUGUUGGGUAUAGUAGUAAUUGGGUGAAAAGGAUGAAUUAUAUCAAAAUGAAAAUGUGCUGUAAUUGGAAGUAAGGAGCUAAAGGAUGUUUCUUUCAGUUAAGUAGUAUAACUGGAACAUUUUACUAUUAAACAUGGCUUUUAUAAAUGCAUGGCCCAUUUUUAUUCACUGUUAGUAUUUAAUUCACUGUCAGCUUAUUAAUGUUUUCUGUACCCAAUAAUGAAUUUUAAAUUAUAAAAAAUUGUCCCACAGCAACCGUUUAAAAAUGAAACUAGAUAUUAAAAUAAAUUUGAUAAUUUUUUAUAAAGA